GGCUCAAUCCGCUGCAAAGACAAUGAUGGAGCAAAACAGAUCUUUCGCGACCUCGGACAGCGAUAUCGUUCAAUGGUUCGCUAACCGAUCAUCGGCCUGGUACGGCUGGGCCAAAGACACUGCUCCUGGCAACAAACAGCAAUGCUUCAACCGGCCUGAAGAGGAGAUUCAAGAGCUUAUGGCACAGCUGAAAACAUUCAUGGUCCUGGCUGCGGAUGGCAAAACGCCCGCAGAACUCGAUAGGGAGAAGAAGCUGCCAUACAUCCUGCUCCACGGCAUGCUGGCGAAUUUCAUCUGUGCUGAGAUCUUUGCCAACCCGUUCUCGAUUCUUGAUAGUGUUCCUGGGCUCUCCGCCAGCUCCAACACCGGGUCAGCUUUUAAGGAGUCGAAGGAUGUCGACCGUAAAGCCAAACAGGCCGCUCAGUCAGACCUUGCAGUUACAAGCAAGGUCGUGGACAGCCUUUACGGUUAUCUUGUUGAUUGUGAGUCUGCUUCAUGGAUUAUAUCCAUGAACAAUAGUAAAACACCGAUUUUCUGGAGACUUGGCUGACAAGACAUCAUGACAUUGUUUUUUGUUUUUUUUUCCAGUGCAAGAAAAGGAAGCUCAUCAAUGGCGCUCACAACUGAUGAGGCUUUUGGCAACAAACGGCAUGAGUGAGGCAGAGGACAGGGUAGGGUUAAACUUGGCGGGGAUCAG